CCCCUGAUCAAUUUGAUUUUACCGGGAGCAAUCGAAAACUCCCUUCUGAUUGCUUCUCGUCUCGCAUGGCGAAUUGGACCAGAUCUGGCGCGUUGAUUAUUCGCCUGUGAUUCCUCGCUUUUGCUCGUUUCUUCUUGUUCCGCUUCUUCUUCUUCUCCUCCUCCUCUCCAAUUUCAGCGGAAUAAGCGAGUCCCGAUCGGUGCCACAGUAAAAGUCCUCGGAGAUAAUCCUAAAGGCGACCUUUAACCAUAUGGCGUCUAGGCGCAAUGUUGGAUACAGUCGUCUUCCUGCUGAUGAAGAUGAGGAUUACGACGAGAGAAUGGGAAGAAAAUAUGAUCCUCGGUUUGACUAUACUCCAAGAAACUUCGAUAAAGUGCCUUGGAAAUCCAUCGCCCUUGCACUUUUCUUGCUCCUUCUAGGGUCAUUGCUUCUCUUUCUUUCCAUCUUCAUCUUAACAGGUCACAUGGGUGGUGAAAAGUCCCAGGGAUAUGGCCUCUUAGUCCUUGGAAUUCUCACUUUUCUUCCAGGUUUUUAUGAGACUCGGAUUGCGUAUUAUUCAUGGAGGGGUGCUGAAGGUUAUCGCUUUGCUUCCAUUCCUGAUUACUGAGGCGUGUUCUCCCAAUGUGCUUACACAGAUGUAUGAUAUUGUUUUUGUUAACAGCUAAAAUUUGGUUUUUGGACAGUUUUACUUGUACAACUAGAUGGUUCAUUUGCGAUGCCGAUGUUUAUGUAUGAUUCCAUUCGAUUCAUGCGUGAGUAUAGCUUGGCUAAUUUCA